AUGUUUUUCCUCCCACCCACUUUUGGGUCCCCGCCCCCUCGCGCGCACUCUGGCUCUCGCCACAACCUGCAAGCCACAGACCUCGGAGCAGCGCCCCGGGGAGCUCUGAGCGCGUGCACCCGUGGAAGACCGAGGAGGCCAGUGAACAGCUUGACUACACCAGGCCCUGAAAGUUUUGAGUUGUCUUUUUCCGUGGCCAGAAAGAGAAAAAAGUGGAAAAUGGGAGGAAUAAAAUACAUCUUUACCUUGUUGCUGUUCUUUCUUUUCCUAGAAGGAAGCAAAACAGAGCAAGUAAAUCAUUCAGAGACAUAUUGUAUGUUUCAAGACAAGAAGUACAGAGUGGGUGAGAGAUGGCAUCCUUACCUGGAACCAUAUGGUUUGGUUUACUGUGUGAACUGCAUCUGCUCAGAGAAUGGGAAUGUGCUUUGCAGCCGAGUCAGAUGUCCAAGUCUCCAUUGCCUCUCUCCUGUGCAUAUUCCUCAUCUGUGCUGCCCUCGUUGCCCAGAAGACUCCUUACCCCCAGUGAACAAUAAAGUGACCAGCAAAUCGUGUGAGUACAAUGGGACUACUUACCAACAUGGUGAGAUGUUCAUGGCUGAAGGACUCUUUCAGAACCGGCAACCCAAUCAGUGUGCCCAGUGCAGCUGUUCGGAGGGAAAUGUGUACUGUGGUCUCAAGACCUGCCCCAAGUUAAGCUGUACAUUCCCUGUGUCUGUUCCAGAUUCCUGCUGUCGGGUAUGCAGAGGGGAUGGAGAAUUGUCGUGGGAACAUUCUGAUGGUGAUAUAUUUCGGCAACCUGCCAACAGAGAAGCAAGACAUUCUUACCACCGCUCUCACUAUGAUCCUCCACCAAGCCGACAGACUGGAGGUCUUCCCCGCUUUCCUGGGGCCAGAAGUCACCGGGGAGCUCUUAUGGAUUCCCAGCAAGCCUCAGGCACCAUUGUGCAGAUUGUCAUCAACAACAAGCAUAAGCAUGGACAAGUUUGUGUUUCCAAUGGAAAGACCUAUUCUCAUGGCGAAUCCUGGCACCCUAACCUCCGGGCAUUUGGCAUUGUGGAAUGUGUGCUGUGUACUUGUAAUGUCACCAAACAAGAGUGUAAGAAAAUUCACUGCCCCAACCGAUACCCAUGCAAGUACCCUCAAAAAAUAGAUGGAAAAUGCUGCAAAGUGUGUCCAGGUAAAAAGGCAAAAGAAGAACUUCCAGGCCAAAGCUUUGACAGCAAAGGCUACUUUUGCGGAGAAGAAACAAUGCCCGUGUAUGAGUCUGUGUUCAUGGAGGAUGGGGAGACUACCCGAAAAAUAGCACUGGAGACAGAGAGACCAUCUCAGGUCGAGGUCCAUGUUUGGACCAUUAGAAAGGGCAUCCUACAGCAUUUCCAUAUUGAGAAGAUCUCCAAGAGGAUGUUCGAGGAGCUCCAUCACUUCAAACUUGUGACCAGGACAACCCUGAGCCAGUGGAAGAUAUUCACUGAAGGAGAAGCUCAGAUCAGCCAGAUGUGUUCAAGUCGUGUGUGCAGAACAGAGCUUGAAGAUUUGGUGAAAGUUCUAUACCUGGAAAGGUCUGAAAAGGGUCACUGUUAGAUGAGACAUACAGUAUUGAAUAGGUAAAGCAAGGAAACUCAAGCUGCAGCUGGACUGCAGGCUUAUUUUGCUUAAGUCAACAGUGCUCUAAAACCCAAACUCAAAUGCAGCUAAUUAUUCACUCCAUACACAGCAUAAGUUGCUCCUUUAUGUGGAGUGGUAUGUCAUCCCUUAAACGUCUUCUCCAAAGAGACUAGAUGAGUCUUGAAUUAUUUGCAGGAAGAAGAGAAAUGGAACACCAUAACUUUGCUCUAGUUUCUGAGAGAAUCGCAUUUCUUUACAGGUUAAAGAGUAAACAAAACCCCUGGGUUUUUAAUCUAGAAAGUUAUUCCAGUGAAAGAAAGAGAGGGGAAUUGCUUCGUAGUAGGAGUUCUGUAGUACAGAGAAAAUAUUUGUAUGAAAUUAUACUCUUUGAAUUUUAGAACGUCUUGUGUUCUUUUUUAAAAAUUCGCACACACACACACACACACACACACACACACAUACAUACAUACAACUACAGCCUUCAUUCUGAGGCAAGGCCAGGAUAAGACUCUCUCCCUUUAUCCUUGGCCUGACUCCCAAGUUGCUUGGCAGUUGUUGAUGCCCAAGAGGAUAAAUAAGGAACUGUGAGCAGAAGGCUCUGCUAUUGGGUCUGUGAUGAUUAUUGAAGUCACCAACUAUGGUGGCAGGGUGAAUUAUAAGAAUACCAUGCUAUGGCUGCAUUCACUUUGAAGUGGUAAAUAACUUUUCCCUAAUAAUGCCAUUUGACUUUUCUCCUCGAACCUAUUGGGCCUUCAUAAGGAAGUUAGAAUUGACUAAUAUUUUGAGAAACUGAAUUUAUAUUAGACAAAUAAUUGUUAAAGAAAGGAGCUGACAGACAUCAACAAGACCAUUUUUGUGUUUUCAAGUCAGUACAAGUCACCAGUUAAUAGUGCAAUAUUCACUAACUUUCUUGACAAGAUCAUGGUUCUCUAGUCCAAAAAUUUAAGUGAAACAAUUAAACUCUAGAAGCUCU